UUCGCCAGGGUGAACGCCGUGACACCGGGGUCACCCGCCAGCACCUCGGGCCUUCAGGUCGAUGACGAGAUCGUGGAGUUUGGUUCUGUCAACGUAAACAACUUCCAGAACCUGCAGAACAUUGCCACAGUGGUGCAGCACAGCGAGGGGAGACCCCUGAGUGUGACUGUGAUCCGUGGAGGCAAAAAGGUGCAUCUGGGGCUGACUCCGAAGCGCUGGGCCGGGAAGGGCCUCCUGGGCUGCAAUAUCCUUCCCUUGCAGAGAUGA